CACAUGUAAACAAACUCGUGACGUCAUCACCCCGCGUCACAUGUUAUCAGACCGGAUGUUUCAUUUGUUCCUCUAGUGAUUGUAACCUUAUUUGCUAAUAAAUAUAGAUUGUGAACGUUAUCAGCAACCAGUAUUGUGGUUUAACAUCUCGCAAUGUCUUUAAGUUACGUAAGCUACAAUGUAAAACAUCAGCAAGCGGUUCAUUCAACUAAACAGUUAGCCGAAUGAAAUCGCCCGUUAAACAGCUGAAAAUAACAUUAAGCGCUUGUGUUGAAUGCAUAGACCGAGUGCACCAUGGGUGCUGAACAGAGUGGAGAUGCUGAACAUAAACAUUCAGACUUCAGCGCUUCAGUUGUACCCUCUCCAGCCAAGCAUAGAGCCAAAAUGGAUGACAUAGUAGUUGUUGCCCAAGGAACUCAGUCAUUACGGAAUAUCCAUAAUGAUCCAGAUGUAAUAAAGCUACAGGAAAUUCCCACCUUCCAGCCUCUUCUGAAAGGUGUGCUCAGUGGGCAAACCUCCCCCAGCACUGUCUGUUUAGAAAAGCUGGAUUCGGCACAGGUGCUGCAGCUGUGUGUCCGAUAUCAGGAUCAUCUACACCAGUGUGCGGAAGCUGUUGCCUUUGACCAGAACGCUCUGGUCAAGAGGAUCAAAGAGAUGGAUCUGUCAGUGGAGGCGUUAUUCAGCAUUAUGCAGGAAAGGCAAAAGCGAUACGCCAAGUACGCCGAGCAGAUCCAGAAGGUCAAUGAAAUGUCAAUGAUUCUGAGACGCAUCCAGAUGGGCAUUGACCAGACGAUACCACUGAUGGAGCGUCUCAACAACCUUCUGCCCGAGAGCGAGCGCCUGGAGCCCUUCAGCAUGAAACCUGAUGGAGAAAUCAAAUAGAGUCUGGCAACAUCUGGAAAAUAGAGUUCAUAGUGGGUUCACUGAUUGACUUUUUUCUUUCUAGAGACCUACCUCAGGUCAUGUCUGGUUGUUACUUAUGAAACUUCUCACUUUACUAUAUUUUGAAAGGCUUAUUGCGUGCCUGGAUCAGGUGUUAUUUGGCGUAGAAAACGUUACAUGGUACAAAAUGGAAAAACUAUAAUACCAAAAUGGUAAAGGCUUGUGUAUAUAUUUACUUAAAAGGCUUAAUUGAGUGCUUUUAAAGGGAAUGACAACAUGUAAUUCUGCCUCUGUAAUUUAAAAUGUUAUUUAAUGAGGAGUCAUUAAUGCAUAUGAUGCUAUUAAAGUUGUUGGCAUUAAAUCGUUUAUACAUACCCUGUCUGUUUUCUCAAGAUUUAUUAAUGAUAAUACUUUUGGAGGACAGAAAAUAGUUUUAUAGCAUUGUUAUGUGAUUAGGUUUGAUAAUUCUUUAAAGAGUCUCAGUAAUAUUGGUCAUAGUAAUUCUUUCUAUUCAGCUGAAUUAGACUUUUGACAGUCAGCUGAACUAUUUCUCUGAAGUUCAGAGCUAAACUGAUGAUGGAGCAUGUAAAAAAAAAUAAAAAAGU